GGUGCUCGUGCUGUAGACAAGAAUGUUUGCCCAAAAGAAAUGGUCGAAUUGUAUUGUCCUCCUCUUGAGCAAGCCAUCCGGAGCGGAGAUUACAGAGAACUCAUCUGGAAAGUCGCCGACCCUUGUGACAAAUCUGAACGAGAAAUAGGUUAUUGUAAUGAAAAACUCCGCUGUACCAGAUACAAUUCCCUGGGAAACUUUGAGAAACGUAUAACGAUCGGAAGUGGUCCUGUAAAUGGGACAUUGUACGUGGAGCAGUGGAUCAAGGAUGACAUUCUUACUUUUACAUGCUCUGUGCAAAGAAAACAGAACAAACACCCACUCGUUUACCGAGUAAAUGUUUCCUCUUCCGUGAAUUGUAAGUAGAAUUUGAUGGGUAUUUUGGUUUUUUUUGUUUUUAUUUUUAUCCCUCAGUUAGUGCGCGCACUGUGAUUGGUUAACGGUUUAGGGGGCAGGAUAAAUCACUGUCAGUAAUAUACCGUAAACUGCCGCUUGUAAGCCCUGGGCUUAUACAAGUUCGUAAGGGGGUUUUGGGUGGGCUUAUAAACGGGAGGGCUUAUAUCCGGAUGGGCUUAUAAGCGGAUGAGAAAAAAACGUUUUGAAAUGAGCAACAACACUGUUGAUCGACGUAUGAUUUAAAUUUAUUACUGUUACAAUUGAAGCCUUAAAAAGGCAGCAAUAAAUCGAAUUCAGUUAAAUUUCAAAACAAAAUCAAAAACAAAAACUGGAGGGGGCUUUUAUCCGGAUGAGCUUAUAAUCGGAUCUAGUUUUUUGUUUGCAUGUAGGUGGGCCUAUAACCGGGGGGGCAUAUAAGCGAAUGGGCUUAUAAGCGACAGUUUACGUACAGGCCGAACUGAUUUGAAGGUUUGCUUUCAGUUUGGUUGCAAUUUGUGAGCUUUGGACUAUAAUGAGUAUUACAAGGGCUAAAGGAAUGUUUUUGACGACUCAAAGUCACAAUUUUGGACGCUCCUAUUUAUGAGUUGACGCACUUAGAUCAUCAACAGCCGUCCUGCUUGAAUCGAAGAUGUAUACUACUUUUCUCGAUCUGUACUGAAAGUUACAAAACCUUGGGCCAGAAAAAACGACAUCUUGCUCUGAUUGGCUGAUAGUCACCAUAGUUCCAAACGCAUUAAAUCCUUUUCAGCUUUGCAUUCGAAAUUUUUUUCAUCGAUGGAAACUUUCUCUUCCCGAAAGAUCGACAACAGGAAAAAGAUUGUACUCGAGAUUUUGAAAGAGGUUGCGUUUGUAGGCUGUAAAUUUCAAGCCAAAUUCUGCGCUUUUGGUGGCCUAUUUGACUCAACCAUCCAAUUGAGAAAAAGCUCUCAUGUUGCCGUUCGACUGUUCAGAAAUAGAUCAAAAUAGAUCACAGAUAACGUCAAAAUGUGGUAUGAACAUGGGACACGAGCCACAGGCGAGUGUCGAAUCCCUGCUAGUAAAUGGGCAUGUGGGCUUGUGGUCCAAGUGAGCAAAGGCUGUUAAAAUGUAUGAACGUUUUCGUACAUUGAUCAAGGCUUUAUUUUCAUCUUUUCAGGCCUGACUUUAAUUGCAAAUCAAGCUUUUAACCUCAGCGGGGCACUAGGUAAAAUGGUCUCCAUAGGUAACAUUCAAGACAUGUGGUGGUACUGGAUCAAACGCGAUGGAAAAACGCAGAAGAUUGCAUAUUGUAACUCCGAGUCGUGCGUGUUCGACGAGUGUAACAGCACCUGUCAAUCAAGGCUCAGGAUUGACGGGGCGACACUGGAAUUGACGGAAGUUAGGGAAGAAGACCGUGGUUUGCAAUUACAAUGCCAAACAUUUCCCAAAUUCCAGGUGUACAAGAUGAAAAUCAGUGUUGUACUACCAAAAGGUCAGUCCAACUUACAUCACAGAUCGCGAGUAAAUACUUUUAAGAGGGAGGUCUUGUUGUUGUUGUUUUUUUGGGGGGGGAGGGGGGGGAAUGGGGUUUAUUUGAGAAGGAAAGAAAUUAGGGUAGAAAAGGUAUACAAAUAAACCGGUUAGUCCCCUAAUGAGCUUAAAUUAAGGCAUCCUGUUUUGAUGGUAGACUAUCUGGUAUAUUUGUCUACUAAUUAUUCUCUUCUUGUUUUAAUUUUCAACAACCCCCAAAUCCAGUAUUUUCCAUUUUGUAUAGUUUUAGUCAUUCCCCCAUUUCUAUCGAUUUCAUCUGGAUGGACAUUCAUUGAAUUCACUAAAUAUUUCUUUCUUUUAUUGACCUAGACUUUGUUGGCAGCACAAGUAGUACUCUUGGCAAGAAUGAAAAGGUACCUUCUAACAACACUGAGAGGACUACCGAAACCCCAAGAAAGAACAAAGCUGGGACCCAUGGUACCCAAAAUUCGGCAAGCAGCAGGACCUUAUUAGCAUUUACGUCAAUUCUGAUCAUUUCAUUUGUUUUUAGCAGUUUUAGAAAUUCUUGA